CUUCAUGUCUUGGCGUGAACUCCUUCCCCCCUGGCUGGUGAUCAUAGCGGGACUGACGGGCAUCGUGCUGCUUUGCGUCUCCACUAAAGAUGUGCCCGUUACCCCUUUCAGGACUAAGUAUGGCAUUGUUGUGGAUGCUGGCCCAUCCCACACCAUCCUGUUCAUCUACCAGUGGACCACCACCAAGGCAAACAAGACUGGGGUAAUCAGAGAAUGCAGUUCCUGUCCUGUGCAAGGUCCAGGAGUCUCCAACUACUCAGAUUCUCCUCAGACAGUAGGGAAGAGCUUGGAGCCAUGUUUGAACUGGGCCCAGAAGGAGAUCCCAGCAGAGCAGCACAGCCAAACACCCCUCUACUUGGGAGCAACCACCAGCAAGAGGCAGAUGAACCUCACUCAUCACCUUGCAGCCCUGACUGUGGCCUUGAAGUCAUCCCCCUUUGACUUUCAGGGGGCAAAGAUCCUGUCCAGUCCAGACAAGGAAGCAUUUGAUUGGGUUGCUGUUAACUAUGUCCUGGAGAACUUCUUCAAGUACGACUGGCGAGGACAGUUGGUCCCCUCUGAAAAGGGGAUGGCAGGAGUCCUGUCUGUGGGAGGAACCUCAAUACAGCUCACUUCCAAGGUAGAAGAGAACCAGGCACCAGAAGAGGGAGUGAGGCUGCAGCUGUAUGGGCAGAUGCACAACGUGUACACUCGUCACUGCCCCUGCCAUGGCACAGACCAGCUCCGCAGUAGACUACUUUCUAUGCUCAUUCAAGAUCAGAGAAGUGCUAAAACUGUGUCUAAUCCCUGCUGGCCCCUCACCUACUCCCGGGAAGUGCAGUGGCAAUCAGUGCAUACUGGGCCUUGUGCUCUCAGUGAUGACGCAUUGGACAUCCCUGGCGCUGAGGAGGUCUUCAACAUCACUGGCUCCAGCAAUCCCACUGCCUGCAUAAGGCUUGUGCAAAGCCUGCUCAACUCUUCUUCUUCCUGCAGCUUCUUCAAGCAUUCCCUCAGCAGUGUUUUCAAGCCCCUCCGGACCAGGUUCCUGGUGAUUUCUGAGGCCAUGGACUUCAUGAGAGAAACUGUACCCUCUCCUGACUUGGGUCAGGCAGUCAACAGGCUUUGUGGGAUGUCCAUCAAAGAGCUGGUUAAGGAGUCCCAAAAAAGCCUGGAUACACUUGUUGAUUACUGUAUUGUGUCUGCCUUCAUCUUUCAUCUCAGUACAAAGGGAUACACAUUUGACUUUGAUGGGUCUAUCUGGACUGCAUUCCAGAAGAAGAUGGGUGAUACAUCAUCCGGCUGGACUCUUGGGUACCUGCUGAGUCUGACCAACACCAUCCCCCAGGACAGCCCAAGCUUCCUCAAGGGGAUUGAACCUGGGGUCUGGUCUUUGCUCCUUAUCGUCUUUGUCAUGCUGCUCACCGGCUCUUUCAUGCGCAUCUCAUACCGAGUGAUGGUCAAGGAAAACAGCUUCAAUAACAGGAACAGCAGUGUUUUUGAUGACAACUGACAGUUAUUCUGGGACUCAAUACUCUUGCCAGAGGGCAGUUAAUAGGGUACAUACAGAAAUCACACAGGUGUAAGUCACUGGAGGUUGCGAGUGAUUUUCCUGCAGGACUCCCAGAGCCUCAGUGCCUUAUUUCAACUUGCUAGCACUUCCACUACUGUACUGAGACAACAGAUCCUGCUCCGCAGGAAACCUAUGAUUCCUGGUGGAUGGCAAGCUAUUCGUUCUCCAAAUGAGAGCAGCCUGCACUGAUCUUGCUUGGGCUACAGCUGAGAUUACUCAUGUCAACCUAAUGAAAUAAUGCCUCUGAGCAGGCAGGCCCUGAGCUAUUGUAAAGUUAAUAUGGAAUAAUCCUGUCUAAUCAGGAGACGUUGUGCCUGAAAAAAGAGCUCUGCCCUCUUCUGUGCCCACAAGAGAGACAAUACCUGCAGUAUUGUCAUUAGUGAAGAAUGGAACAGCAUUAAAAAUAUAGUCUGAAUAUAACUGCCAACUUGCUUCCAUGUUCAAGGGAAAAAGCAGGUAUUUUCUCCCUGCUACUAUUGAUCUGUCUGUUCUUCCACCUCAGUGACAGCAUCCAUGUAUCCCUUCCAGCAAAUGCUCUUGCUGACCAAGAAUCCUUCAAAAGCAAUGCUUUUCAGUCUUGGUCUCUACAAAAUGUGCAGAGCAUCAAAGGAGAAACAAAGGGCACAGACACACAGCUGAGUUCCUGUCUCUCAGCUGAGUCAUGGCAACUCAGGGUUAAAAUUGUCAAUUUAAACUCUUUAACCAGGACUUAAAUUAACACAUUUAAUUUCACAUCAGCUAAAAGAGGGUACAUGCUGGGCUAAGGUUCACCAGUUUGUUCAUUCACACUGAACUGCUUGUCUCACUGACUCUGAAAGUGAAGUUAUCUCAUCUAACAUUGUCCUUUAGACAAGAGCAGACCCAGGAACAGAAGCUUUCCUAA